AUGACCAAACCAGUUAUCUUUGCAGAAAUCUUGCCAAACAUAAAGUCAAUGAAUCUCACUCUUGGCUUAUCCUCAAACAAUAAUCCAUUAUCAUUUAAUCUUGGUAUAUACUCUUCAAAACUAAGCUUUGAACAAAAACAACCGCCAACUAUCUCCACUUUACAUUUAUCCAACCCAGUAGAGGCCACCGAAAAACCUUCUAUAACAAGCACAAAUGACGGUUUAGACAUCAAACUCCGUCUACGAACUUAUGUUCGCAAAAAACCCACCAGACAAACCAUAGGUGGUGAUAUUAUCCCGCCGUUAACUGCCAAAGAACUCGGAUUACUAAAAAGCAUUUUAUGUUCUUGGUGUAAAUUUCCGUUAGUGAAUAGUAACGCAUUUACUAAAGUUAAGGAUUUGCCGUCAGAGCAUUGGUUGGAGUUGAUUGAUUGUUGGAUGUGUCAUCAAGAAGAUUAUCAACAGGUUUUGUUGGGUGAUGUUAUUUCGAAAGAGAAGAUAGCUAUGGUCGGGAAUACAUAUAUUCUUGUUCAUCCAUCGGAUAUUUUGAAACCUGCUUUGGAGCUUGAAGACGGAAUGACUGGUGUUGAUAAGACUGGUAUUCUGAGAAUUGUUAACCAGUCGAUACUCCUAGUCCUAAAUCAACAAAUAACUGGCACCGUAAUAAUCCAUCCUAUGCAAUAUAGUGAAUUUGCAUAUGCUAUUACCGCGUGGUCAACGGGUCUAUCUAGAAAAUGGCUAAAAAUGUGUUGUUCUAGGUGUCUUGCAUCUGUUGGUGAAGGUCUUUAUACCAUUGCUGAAAAUUUAGAAGUUGAUGAAUCUUCUACAGGUCGCGGGUCCGGUGAGCCAGCUUUAUUAGUAGUCAAAUUUAACAAACAUAUGACAGCUGUUGAAUUAUCCGCUCCUGAGAAUCGUUUUGCUCCGUUUGUUACUGCCAAUAUUCUGGAAGCUGCUAAAGCACACGCGACUUAUCGUUUUGUGAUCGAAUCAACUAACGAUUUGCAUGAUAAAAAGUUUCAAUCUUAUUUAUUGGUUGAUUUUCUUUCUAUCCAGAUUUGGUUGUUCUCGUGGGACACUAAAAUCUUGACAAAUGCCUUAGAAGGUGACGGUGGCGAUGGUAAUGGUACCACUAAUUGGCAAAAUAGAUUUUCACCGUGUGUGAUGAUGAAUAAUAAUAGUCCGAACCAACAAGCGAUGUGGAAUGAUAUGAAAGCAAGGGAUGUACUCAAAAUAUUGUAUAUUGAUUGUACCACCAUACGAACAGAAGAAGACGGGACAUCAACUCGGAGUCUAAUCGAACAGUGGGAAAAUGAUAAAUCGGUAGAACACUUUACAUAUCGUGCAGAAGUCUGUUUGGAGAUUUUACUAAUGCUUCGUCUGAGUACAAGUUUUCUACCCCCUAGUCAAAGGAGAGCCAUGAACGGAGAAUUUUCUGUGGGAUUUUUGGAUCGAGUUGAUUAUUGA